ACUCCUCAUUACUUUCGCGCACAAACACAACUCAUCUCCGUCUUGAUCUCCGGCCUCAGCCUUUCGCCGCCGCCUGUAACCCUUCUCUCUCUGGUCAUCUCCUCCUUCCUCUAUCCACCAGCAUUGGUAAUGACCCUACCCAAAUACCGAAUCCAUUAUUUUCCUAUAAUCCUUCUCUUGUUCACGGUAUACAUUCAUUCAGAACCCGAAGAGGUAAAUGGCUUAUAGAGGGCGUGGUAGGGGACGUGGAUAUGGAGGUGGCGGCGGAUUUGGAUUCGCUAAGCAGGAACCCUUUGUCCUUUUUCCUGAGGAUGUUGUAUUACCUGAUAUAAAAGGUGUGAUGGUUGAGAAAGAUUUAAUUCGUCGAAGUAUGAUCUUGCAAAACUAUUGGAAAGCCUCUCCUUACUACCUUGAGGAGAAUGUUUCAAAGAAGGGUCAAAGCACAGAGAUAGAAAGAUUCUCUGACAGGAAGAAAAUCAAUACCACAAUAAUGAGAGAUUCACUUUCACAAAUUUUAGACCACAAAAAAUUUCCAUUGGAACUAACUGAAGGUUCGAAGGGGUGGCAGCAGUCUAGUCGAAAGAGAGUUCGAUGGAAUCCCGAUUCAGAGCUUAAAAAAUUGGAACUAUUUGAGAAGCUUGAACAGCGUGAGGCUCUAAAUGAGAAAGGAGAAAAGGAAAAGAAAGAUGGUGAAAAUGAGGAUGAAGAUGAAGAGCUAGAUGAACAAGACACUGAAGAAGAGCCCAGUGAUGAUGAUUAUAAUCAGAAUGUAGAUUUCGACGAUGAUGAAGAUGAUUUUAAUGUGGAAGAUGAUGGUGGAGAUGAUGAUGUUUACUAGUGGCUUCAUCAAGAAUGUCCUUUUGGAGAGUAUUACUUAUCCCAACAUACAAUAACUACCUUUUUUUCCUUCUGCUUGAUAGUUGUAAAUAUACUUGAUUCGCCAUUUUAGAAUCUUAUUCUAACAGAUGAUGGGGGGAAAAGUAAUUUAAGCUAUUGCCAUUCUUAAUUUUGUAACUCUUUGUUUUUGUUUUUUUUUUUUAAUUAAGAUAUGGAAGAACUUGAACUUGUAACCUAUACAUUUGAUUUGAGUAUGAUGUUACCAAUGA